CUCAGAUGAGGUGGUGAAAUGGCAUCAGAAGGCAUGCUUUCCUUCCAAAAGGAGGCUUGCUUGUGGCUUUCAAAUGAAGCCAGCUCCUGUGGAGAAACAGAUCAGCUGGUGAGCAUAAGUGAGAGCCAGUCUUUCAAGCCCAAAGAGGAUGGGAUAUCCACAGAAUUGUCGAUGGUUGUAUCACCAGGAAUGUCAUGGAACAGCCUUGUCCUCAGCACCAAGAGCAGCAUUCCGAGCGGGGGUGGUUGCUCAGAGGAGCAUGUACUCAACUGCACUUUUGAGGCCUGUGAUCCGGAACAAACAGGAAAGGUACCUGUUUUCCGGAUUAUUGAGUACUUGCAGGCCAUGACGGGUCAAAGCUGUGAGGAAGGGAGACUGCAAUCUCUUUAUAAAAUGCUGGACCCGGAAGAAAGGGGAGUUGCUGUGGAUCUGCCAACCUUCCAUGCUGUCAUGAAGGAUUGGAUCUCAGACUGUCGACGGGAUGGGGGAUUAGAGUGCACCAAAGAGCAAGACAAGUUUGUGGACAAUAUUUGCCUGUUACCAUCUGGGAAAAAGAGGAAGGCAGCAGGUAAUGCUGCUCAGUUAGAGGGCUAUGGUGGGGACUUCAACACCAGCAACUUGGAAGAGGCUGUGGCUCUUGCAAGCAUUAUUGAAGACCUAGAGUGUAGCAACAAGAAGCUAGCUGUGCAGAAUGCCAAGUUGCAGAGGACCAUUGAGUCAGCUGAGGAGAUCAAUUCCCGGCUUACUGAAGAGAUCUCUGAGCUGAAGGGCCAGCUAAGAGGUAUGCAGCAGGCACUGGAACAAGCCAAGUACAUAGCUAAUGAGCUAGAAGACCUGAAGGCUAUUGAAAAAAGGCUAGAAGAGGAAAAAGUCAGACUUCACACCCAAGCCCAGCAGCUGGAAAAGGAACAGCAGUGUCUCUCUGUACAAGUGGAUGACCUUCAAGAGGAGAACAGAAAGCUCAUCACAGAGAGAGAGGGGAAGAGACAGAAAAUUGAAGUGCUGGGCACUGAGAAAGCUGAAAUGAAGUCUCAGCUUUGCGAAUAUGAACGUGUCAUCUCCUGCAAAGAUGCUGCCCUUACUGAGAAAACCAACUGGGCUGAGGAGCUAGCAGCAACUGUGGAAGAGUACAGGAUGGUGGUGCAGGAGCAGAGACUGGAAAUAAAUAGGCUGCAGGACCACCUGUGCCACACCUACAAUGACUUGGCUGUGCUGCCAACGGAGUUUCUGGAUGAAGUGAAAGCCAGUGUCAAGGGUCAUGCAAAUUGGAUCCCUGUACAGCCUCUCUGUGUGGAGAUAGAGGAAAUUCAACAGCGGACAGGGACUGAUGAACCUUACCUCCCCAGCCCACUGUGUGGAAUGCUGCAAAGCUCAGGAGCUCAUGUGUUGGCCCUGUCACCUGUCAAGAAGAGCACAGUGAUGGACCCAGUAGAUUCCAUGGCCAUAGCAGAGGAACAGGACCUAGAAGAAGCCAAAGGCACCAAAGCAAAGCUGCUGGGAACCCUUAGCUUGCCUCAGUGGAGCACCCUGGGGGAAGCCAAACUACAGUCUCAUGAAGAUCAGCAGCAACUGACCCCAGAGGGGUCUGACAGCAGAGAAGAGAGAAGAGAACAGAUCUUCCCAGCAAGGGAAGAAUCUCAUAAGCAUGGUGGGGAGAAACAAGUUGAACUAGCCCAGGGGACCAGAAAAGAGAAGUGCCCUCCAGAGGCCCAUGUACUUCCUUACCCUGAGCAGGUGGUAAACAGCAACUGUCAGGAAGUUGGGCAUGCUGAAACCAUUGUGUCCAGGCCAGUUGAGAGUAAGCCUGGAACAGCCCUAGAGAACUAUGCACGAGUACAGAAUCUACUUGGUCCCAGCAGACAGACAGAGCCAUGGAACUGCUGGUUGGGAGUAUUAGCUCUAUGGCUUCUCUCUGCCCUGGGUGCCCUGCUAGUUCACCCAUGGGCCCAUCUUCCCCACAGAUGCCUGCUUUUGGGCCUGCUCUCCAUCCUCUUUCUGCUGCCAGUGCUGUUCUGCCUUGGGCCACCAUACAGGCAGCACCUUGCCUGGACCAUGCCCAGAGGGGCAGCAUGGCCGUACCUCCAGCUGCGGUACCUGGGACCCCCACCAACAUGAUCCUUCCCCAGACAGAAGCAGGAAAGCUGGGGCAGACACCAGGAGCACCCAGACUUACUUACAAACAUAAUAAAUGCGAAAAUGCAUUCAAAGCAGGGUCUGCCUGAGACUACCUAGGCAAGGGCUCAGUCUCUCCUCUAUUGUCUCAGACCAGGCCCCCCGCCCCCACUCCCACAGGCCUCUGCAGAUCCCAAAUUGCAAAUCCAACAACUCUAAAGUGUCUGCAGCAGAAUAAUAUAUAGUAGAUAUAAGGCUGUUUUACCAGAUCCUAGGAACCAACCAGAAGUGAAUACAGGGAGCUGAAAACUAACCUAUCCCCAAAAGAGAAUCUGACCCCUUUUCAGCAGUAAGACUCCCUCUCAGCCAGCUACUCCUCUCCCCUAGAGACUGGUCUAUCAAACAGGCAACAACAAAUUUAAAUGCCCCAUUCUCAUGGCCUGCUUGCUGCAGACCCCUCAUGGCAGCUCUUGGGUGGUUCAAAAGCCAGCUGUAGAGCACAAAAGUUCCUAGCUUCUAAGACGCUGAACCUCCAAACACCAAAAUUAGUGUUAAAAACCAGCUAUGAAGGCCCCAAAACGCAUUGGGGGCUGCAAAGCAAAGCGAUGCACAGUGAGAAGUGAUUGCACCUGUCACACCUCUCCCACAGGCCUCACCUGUUAAUGUUUCACCAGAUGAUUUAAUAUGCACACCACUCCCCCUAUAAUGUAUGGUAGCUCCCCACAGACUUCCUUAUUAGUAAGAAGCCUGGUUCUUUUAAGAACCAAGGAAGGCAUCACUUGGGUAUGUGAAUCAACCUCAUGCUGGGAUCUAGUGCUAGGAAACAAGGCACAUCUCUGGCUCCGACCAUGAGAAGAUCCAUGGCCCACUCUGUGCUUCAUUAUCCCUGUCUGUAAAAUAGGGACUGUGCAUUUAGCCUCGCAGCAAAACUAGAUGGGACAGAGACAAAAAUAACAAAAAUCACUCUACAAAACAAGUGGGGAAGAGGGGAGAGAGGCAGAGGAUCUAUUGGAACCCAGGGAAGGUGGAAGCCGUUGAAAUCUCCAUCCCAAGAGGUUUCCUCAAAGAAGCUGGGGAGGCAACUGUCCAGGGUGGAGCAGCAAAUCUUACAUCUCUGCUGGGGACCAGACAAGACAACCCCUGAAGUCCCUUCCAAACCACCAUUUCUACAAUGACCGAGGACAUCGCUGCAGGAACGAAUGGAUCUAAACUGGCUGUGAAUAAACUGAAAGUACAUCUUGAAAGAAGGUUUUUAAUACAUCAGACUCUGGAAUAGAUUCCCAGCAGGGGUGGUACUGCCACCUACCCUGAUCUUCAAAAGGAAACUGGAUGCACACCUUGCUGGGGUUAUUUGACCCCAGCAGUCUUUCCUGCCCAGAGCACAGGGGGCCAGACCUGAUGAUCUCAUGAAGUCCCUUCCAGGCCUAAACUUCUGUGAAUUUGAGUGAUGGCCUGGAACAGCUUCCCCCCAGUGAGCAGCGGUGACAGGAACAGAAUUUGUUUUUAGGAUGGAGCACAGUAAAUUUGCAGCUGGGACAAUGGGAAGCAGUUCUCUGCAGUAACAAGAUUGGACUUAGUUCAGGACCUGGUGGUCUUUGGUUACUAGAGGCCAUCAACUACAUACCCCCAUUGCUAACCACUGAAACAGCUCUAUCUAGAACAGAGGCCGACAGGACAAUGCAUGCCACAGCAAGGGAAUCUGGGGUUACUUACCUGUACAUCCUUCACUUCCUCCACCCCAAGAACUCUACCACCCAGAACUGUGGAUAAUGCACCUUCUUGAGGACCCCAAGGCA